GAUGAGAACCGACUCGGAUCUAAACAGAACCGAUCUAAAUCCGAACCAAAACUUUCUGAGUAUUUAGUUGGAUAUAAAUGUUUAGGAUCCGAAUGACAUGGACCCAAAAGAAACUGGUUCGAACCAGACUUGAAGACCCGAAUGCCAAGUCCUAAAACGAACAUUACAUUGUUAUUUUGUAUAUAAAACUUAAAAUGUUUGCUUGGAGGUCAAACACUAUAGUCGAAUGGUUUUGAUUUUGAAACUCAGUAAUUUACAGGCCAAUGGAUACAUUUGUUUUCUCCAAAAAUAACGCUCCAAAAAAAUUUAAAAAUAAUAUUAUUAAUAUUCAAAGCUACAAGACCAUCAAAGCAAAUAAAGUAAAGUUGAAUGGACCUGUAUUUAUUAGACUUGAUCACCCAAAGUCCACAUAGAAACCUAACACAUAAGUUUAAACAACCAAUUAUCUUCCUCUUCUUCUUCAAUGGAUGAUCAGGUUGACCACAAGAACACUUGUUUAGAUGAGGUUAUUUUCACGAGCGUAGCCGACUGCUUACAAAGCUCACUAGAGAAGGCCUUCAAGUUCUCACUUUAUAAUUACCCUUGCCAACCGAUUUCACCGUCUAAUAUGGGCCAAAUAGUGAAUUACCGUUACUUAAACCUCAAUCCAAAUUCUCCAAUAGUCUCUUCUUCCUCCAAUGAAGCUGGCCCUAAAGAGAACGUGGGCGAUAAGAGCGGCCCAAUGGAGGAUCACAACGAAGGAGACCAACAUGGUGUUGGUGAAACCUCCAAGCAAUUGAGAAAACAAGGCAAAGGGAAAGGAGAGAAGAAAGAAAGAGAAGCUAGGGUUGCCUUUAUGACCAAAAGCGAGGUGGAUCAUCUUGAAGAUGGUUAUAGAUGGAGAAAAUAUGGACAAAAGGCCGUCAAGAACAGCCCCUAUCCAAGGAGUUACUAUAGGUGCACAACGCAGAAGUGUAACGUGAAGAAACGCGUAGAGAGAUCGUUUCAAGAUCCGUUGAUCGUAAUUACAACUUACGAAGGAAAGCACUACCAUCCAAUCCCAUCGACGUUGAGAGGUCCCAUGGUCGGGGAGAAUUUAUUAGGCCACCAUGGAAGUGCUAUCCUCCAUAGCUUCCCACGUUACCAUCAAGAGUUUCUUAUGAAGAAUCAACAUCCGGUCAAUUAUCAAUCAGCAGGAACUGUAACGUAUCAACGGUGUCAUGGUGACUCUACUAAUUAUAGUAAUCAUCAACAAGUUAUUGACUGUGGUCUUCUUCAGGACAUUGUUCCUUCAAAAUUCUUGAAGCAUGAAUCUUGAGAGAUAGUACUAGAGAUCUGAAUCUUUCUUUUUCAUAUGCGUAUAUAUAGAGUAUUUAUGAACACAUUAUAUAUAAGCAUAAAUUACUUAGCUUGUUGUAUAUAAACAUGUAUGUGUAUCUAUUUCAUGGACAGCCUACUUCUAAUUAAUUGAAAUUGUGGUUUUUAAAAGAGAUGAUUUGUGUAUAUGUUUUAACUUUUCCUCUUCAAACCUGGAUAAUUUGUAA